AUGGAUUACCAAAACCGCGCGGGCUCCAAAUUCGGCGGCGGCGGCGUCGCCUCGCACUCCGCCACGAACGCCGACCGACGCGAGCGCCUGCGCAAACUCGCGCUCGAAACCAUCGACCUGGACAAAGACCCCUACUUCUUCAAGAACCACGUGGGCAGCUUCGAAUGCAGACUAUGUCUGACGGUACACCAAAACGACGGGUCCUACCUGGCACACACGCAGGGGCGGAAACAUCAAACGAACCUUGCGCGGCGCGCGGCGCGCGAACAGCGCGAGGGCAAGAACCAAGAUCCGUCGUCGAUUCCCGGGGCGAUGGGCGUGCAGGUCAAGAAGCAGACGAUUAAGAUUGGACGGCCCGGGUAUAAGAUCACGAAGAUUCGGGACCCCUUGACGAGACAGUUGGGCAUGUUGUUCCAGUUGCAGUAUCAGGAGAUUACGCCGGGAGUGACGCCCAAGGUGCGGUUUAUGUCGGCGUUUGAGCAGAAGGUCGAGGAGCCCCCGGAUAAGAAUUUUCAGUAUUUGGUGGUGGCGGCCGAGCCGUAUCAGACUUGUGGGUUUAAGUUGCAGGCUAGGGAGAUUGAUCGUCGGGAGGGACGGUAUUGGACGUGGUUUGAUGAGGAUAGUAAGGAGUUUUGGGUUCAGAUUAUGUUUAAGACGGAGAGAGAGGAGAGGUUCUCGGGUGUGCCGGGUUUGGCGCCUCUUAAGGAAUAA